UUGUUUAAUAUUUGGUAUUCUGUGAACGUAUCGUAUUUCUAUGAAGUAACCUAACCUAACUUAAAUAAUAGGUUAUCUGUUUGUUUUCGGAAUUUGAUUAAAGUUGUGAAGUGAAUGUAAAUUUUCAAAUUUUAGAAUGGAUCCAACGCCUGAUACCUUCGAUGGCAAAGUUAAUUUGCCCUCGUCUAUUUCACUUUCGAAAUUUAGUUAUGCAAGAUGUAAAGAAAUACAAGUGAUGAAGAAGUCUUUAUCUUCUUCCGAUUACAGCACCAAAUUAGCAUUCCAAAAACUGCCUAGACACAUGAGGAGAAGAGCAAUGUCACAUAAUGUGAAGAGACUACCAAGACGUUUACGCGAGAAACACAUGAAUCAAAUGAAAAAAUCAGGUUUACCUCCGAAGCAAAAAAGACCUUCUAGAAAGUAUAGGAGAAAACCUUCAAAUCUAUUGGAAGAAUAUACCAGAAGACAGUCCAAAAUCAAAUGGUUGAAUACACAUAUAUGGUAUGCAAAAAGGUUCCACAUGAUUACAAAAUGGGGCUACAAAAUACCUUUAUGUCCAUGUGACAAAGCUUUCACUGCUUGUUAUAGAGCAACAAAAAGUUAUUGCCUUCUCCAAGAUAUUUCCUAUUUUCAGUGCAUCGAAGUGAGUGCCAGGAGGGAAUUCUUGAUUGAGAAUUUCAAAAAAAUUACUAAUCCAUCUGAUGGGUUGUCCAUCGGAAGUAAAGUUUUUGCUAAUGGUUUGAGAGAAGGUGAAACAACUAUCUAUGAGUUCAAUUCUGAUCGCAAAAAAGCUCUAGGAAAAAUAAAAUUUUUAUGGAAGUAUCCACUGAAUGACUACAACGUAGUUACAUCUCUUUGGAUAUGGAACCAUGCUGCUUUUCAUGAGGAUAUUCUUCAAACACUUUGUAAGUGUUUCGGUUUAAAGAAAAAUGAAAGUGAUCGUUAUUGUGAUAGUGAGAAAAAGGUUCACCUCAAAGAACUUAGAACUGAACUAUGUAGAUUCCGUUUAAGUGGAGAUCUUUCAAAUAGUGUUGUUCAAAAUUGUUUUACAUUGUGUAACUCCCAAAAAAUUGUUGCAGAAUGGUUCAAAAACGAUGAGUGUGCUUUAAAAGUGAUAGAAGAACAACAAAAAUAUUGGAAGGAACUCAAGAAUGUACCUUCAACCAAUAAUUUAUCACCCCAUAUUAUUGUACCAGUGGUUGCAUGUGAUCCACGAUUGUGUGCACCUAGUGUUAGAACAAAAUCUCAACCAAUCAUUAAUUUUGACACAGACGCCGAUUCCCUCAUUCCAAAAUCUCAUAUGAGCCCUCUUUGGGAUGAUCAACUCCGGACACAAAUUAAUAAUAGCAAAAUUUCAAAUUCAGAAGUGGCGAAAAUACGUAGUAAAAGUUUGAUUCGUGGGUCAGAUUUGAGCGAAUUUGGAAAGCCAGUUCCUUUCAUAUUUAUCCAAAGACCUGGGAGUAGGAAUGAAAAUUUGGGAUAUUCGUCUGGUUGGGAUAUCAUUUUACCCUCAUCAUGGGCACAACCAGUUUGGAUUUCCUUGAUUAUGUGGGGUGCUAGAAGUGGGGGAUUAAGGGAAUAUUCACACAACAACUUCGAAAUGGGAAAAUUCGAUCUCUUAUUUCCUGAUACACCGGCUGGCCAGAAAGAAGAGACAACUGUGAGUGAAAAAUGUAUUGAAACAUUCUUCAGAAAACCACCAAAUAGAAGAACCAAUUUUAGAAAAUUCAACAUUGUGAGUCCUUUCAAAUUCAAUUGGAAACUACUCAUUGAAAAUUGGUUGCAAACAAAAAUUGACACAUUUAUCGUUUUGCGUGAUAGGAAAAUCCUAAUGGCACUUCAACAGAGUUUAUUGUCGGGAGAAGAUAUUGCUUUGCCUGAUAACUGUUUAGUACCAGUAGAAGUUAAGUGUGACAAAGGAGUUCCCAAGCCAUUUUCCAUCAUAUGUAUCCCUAAUUUAAAAGAUCUCAAGGAUCUUCCCGAGGAACCCAUAUGCCCUGAUCCAAACCAGAAGAAACGGGCAGAAAUGAGAAAACAGCACAAAACAUUGCUCAAAAAACUUAGAAAUAGAAGGAAGAAAGCAAAAUCUUUAGAACAAAAAUUACAAAAUAUAGAUUUACCAGAAUUGAUAAAAUAUCACACAGAAAUGAGAAAAUUAUGGCUUCCAGAGACGGAAAAUAUAAGGUCCUCUUGUUGCAGAGAAGUGCUUGGUUUCAUAAAAGAAGGUGGCUUCAGUUACACUUUAGGUUCUUCAAAAGGUUUAGGCUAUGUGGCAGGUGCCGCUCUGAAAGUUCUGCUGAAGCAAAAAGUUAAAAGUAACGUACUCAUUCGAAAUACAAAUUCUAGACAUUAUUUUUUAGGGAAAUUAUCAAUCGUAACUGAUUUAUGAAAGCAAUAUAUUUGUUUUGUCAGAUCUCUAAUAUCCAAGUUGAUCAUUGUAUUUCCAACUUAAUUUUUAUAAGGAAUAUUUUUGAAUUUUUAAGCUCUUGUUACGUUGUCUUCUUUUGUUUCCAACCGUCUUUGUUACCUGAUUAAUAACAACUUAAAUCACAAAUAGAUCUUUUUACUGUUUUAUUUGGUUUAUAAUUUUUGCUUAAUGAGCAGAUUAGUCUUUCCACUUUGUCCCACAAUAAUUGUAGAUUAAACAUCCAAGUUUUAGCAUGUUAUUGAAUGACAAAUAUCAGUCGUUGAACCUUUAUUCAAUACUUAACAUAGCGACACCUUGAUCAUUCCAUAAUGAAGCAAAUCAACCAUUCAACAGUUUAUUUUUUAUUGGAAAUUAUAAUCCGAAACUACUACUUUAGUACUUUACAUAUUAAAUAUUAAUAAUAAAAAAAA